CACAGCAGCCUCGAUUUCAAACUUCACUCACAUCACAUCACGGAUAUCGACGAUGACAAUAGUCUUAGGCUUGGGCACCGAAGGCUAAAAAGGUGUCACCGAGCUUAGUUUAGAAACAUUCGCCUCAAUAACGUCUCAAAGCACCGUAGCGGAAUUCAAGCCAAAUCAAUAUCCCUACUUGCUGGUAUUCUGUGAUUCGCCAUGAAGCAAAUUAUCCUGUGGUCUCACCCGAGAAGUGUAUCGACUGCUUUUGAGCGCUGUAUUCGGACGCUGAGGAAUGGUCAGGUAUUCCAUGAACCCUUUGCAGUACCCUUCUACUUUGGACCGGACAAGCAGACGGACGAUUAUCUACGAGAGCGUCCGGACUAUGUCCCGGAAGCGACGUACCAAUCAGUCGCUGAAGAAAUCAGUGCGAGAUUUCCAGGGAAAGAGUUCGUCUUUGUCAAAGAAAUGGCCGUGUCCACACAAAACCACUUUGAGGUUUUCCUUCAAGAUGAGAUGAAAGAUUUCCAACACACUUUUCUAGUCCGAAACCCGGAGAAGUCGCUACGAUCUCUUUACCGGACAGGGUAUUUUGACCCGGGUCUCGCCGGGAUCAAGGAAUUAUACGACAUGUACGAGUUCGUCAAAAAUCACCUCGACCCCUCUCCCCUUGUAAUCGACUCUGAUGAUCUACUGCAUUUCCCGGAUGAAGUGAUGAGAAUGUUUUGCGCGGCUGUGGGUAUUGGGUACCAGGAGAACAUGAUGCGUUGGACACCUGGUCCCGUGGAGGGAUGGGACAGGCCGCUUUGUCAAGGCUGGCAUGAUGACGUCAUGGUAUCCUCGGGACUAAGACGACGGACAGAGUUUAACUCGAAGUCUGUUGUCGGGGUUCUGCCACAGAAAGUUCUAGAUGCCAUAAAAGAGAAUAUGUCUUACUAUGAAGCCAUUUCUAGACACAGAACAUCGCCAGACAGUAAAACAUUAUGAAACAUAAGGCCAUAUUUUGUUUGAAAAAAAAAAACACUUUGCCCAUACAUUUUUGAACAAGGUAAAAAAACAUAUGAUAGAGGGAACCAUACUGAUAAAGAAAUAAAAGUGCUUAGAAAAAAGAAAAGAAGGAAAGAAUAGAAAAAAUAGAAAAAUCAAUGGUAAAUUAGAAUUAACACUUUUAAUAUUUAAAUUAUUUGUAUCCACAUAGCGUUACAACUUUCUGGUGUAUUUAUACACACAAGAACCAAAGUGCCAUGGCAUCAAUUGCAUGCUAGUCAUUUUACUUUGGGACUGUCAUUUUACUUUGGGACUGUCGAAGGUUCAGUUUGUCCCACCGUUAAGCUACCACUAGCCAUCUUCAUCAGUUUUGUCCUCAUAUUUCAGGGUUAUGCUCUAGUUGGUUCAUCUUUGGAUUUUUCAUGGGAGUACUGGUUGAGCAAUUCAACAGUUUUCUUUAGCUCUUCUUUCUCUUUCUGUUUCACAUAUCGACAUGCUUCCCUGUAAUGAAUAAUGACACAUUGUUUAUCAAACUGUACGGUGUGCGGACUACUCUGAAGAGGAAGAGAAGCUAACUGGAAAACAAUUACAGGCAUGUAGGGAUUGCUGGGUGGGGAAGGGGGGGCAGUCAUAGGUAUCAUAUGCUGGCACGUACACAGGGGGAUGCGCAGGGUGGGAGCACCCCCCUUGGUUGCCAAAAAGUGGGUCAUUUAGGUUAUUUCUUAUUGGAGGAUUGUCACAUAAUGUCCUUUUUCAUAUGAAACCUAUGAAUGUGCACUUCCCCUCCCCUCUAAUCCAACCCUGGGUUAGCCUGCUUGCAGGUGUUUACCCGGAACGAGCGCAAAGCGCGAAGGGGAGGGGUGGCCCCGGCCCCUCGUCACGUUUUGUCACUAGCGCCAAGCUAGCGUGGCCAGCAACAAGAUGGCGAAAAAAACACCGGGAAAACGCCUGCAAGCAGGCUAAUACUGGGUACACAGCUGAACCUCGGCUUUACUUAAAAGAGGAACCGGCGGAACCAGCCGAACUGGUGGAACCAGCUUAUUUUGAGUGCAGGGGCAAGGCGGAUAUAGGGAUAGAGAUGUUAUGUAAGGAUUACGAUUCAUUUUGGAAAAAUCUGUUUUUUUUUUAAUCGAUAACGAAAUAUCGAAUAAGUCAACACAAGAGCAAAUGACUACUAUGCUAAUUGUUUUAACUUGAAAAACUACUGUUCUUUACAAUUUAUCCUCACUGUAAAUGCGGCGUCUAAGCGAGAAAAUACAAUAACAGUAACAGUUUCAAAUACACAACAGCACCAGCUGUUGUUAACACGCUCGUGUUAACGCCACAUAGAGUGACGAGUCCAGGACGACCGUGAGUUUAGAGUUUACACACAAUAACACCAAUAACAUAACCAUAGUGUAGAAAUAAACUGUUUUGAGCCAUCA